GCGCUGGGCGCUGGACCGCGGGGGAGGGGGCGGAGCCGGCAGACCCUGUGUGCGCGCCUGUGGGGAGGGAGCCGCUGGUCCGUCCGCGGCCGGCCCAGAACCGCAGGGCAGGGCGCGCGCUCCGGGACAGGUCCCGUCCGCUGCCGCACGGCCUCCCCUUCUCUGGAGCGCGCCUUUGUCCCCUCCCUCCGGGGCACUCGCCGCCGCCGACCUGCUCCGGCUCAGUCUCUGUCGCGGUCCCUUGGGUGGGCUGAGCUGCAGACGGUCGCUGGGCCCCUCCCGCCACCCGCACAGAGAACAAACAGCUAGAGAACAGCUCCAGCAGCCUCCUGGGGCUCCCUCCCUCCCUCUCGGCUGCUGCCGCCGCCGCCACAGCAGCGGGCUCCCUGCUCGCCGCCACUGCCCUGCCGGCCCUGCCUCCCCCACCCUCCAGCCAUGUGCCCGCCUCAGCCUGUGGAAUGUGCGCGGCCCAGGGCCGGCCCCCAGAGCGCCCGCCCGGCCGCGCAUGGAGCGCGCUGAGCCCGGCCACCCUCUCCGCCCCGCCCGGCACGGCUGCCGCCUCGAGCCCCCCGCCCCGGCCCAGCCCCGAGACCCCGGGCCCCGGCGGCCCGCGCGCGCGGACAUGCGGCUCCGGGAGCUGUCCCUGCGCCAGGACCCGGACCUGAGGCAGGAGCUGGCCGCGCUGGCCCGCGGCUGCGACUUCGUGCUGCCCUCCCGCUUCAAGAAGCGGCUCAAGGCCUUCCAGCAGGUGCAGGUGCAGACGAGGAAGGAGGAGCCCCGGCCGCCAGCCUCCAGCCAAAGCAUUCCCGCCUUCUACUUCCCCCGAGGUCGGCCGCAGGACACGGCGAACACGGACGCCGUCAUCGCCAAGAUCGAGAGGACCUUCGCCCAGUUCCCGCACGAGAGGGCCACCAUGGAGGACAUGGGCAGAGUGGCCAAGGCCUGUGGCUGCCCGCUGUACUGGAAGGGGCCCCUCUUCUGCUGCGCCGGCGGGGAGCGCACCGGCUCUGUCUCCGUCCACAAGUUCGUCGCCAUGUGGAGAAAGAUCCUGCAGAACUGCCACGACGACGCUGCCCGGUUCGUCCACCUGCUCAUGAGCCCGGGUUGCAACUACCUGGUGCAGGAGGACUUCGUCCCAUUCCUUCAGGACGUGGUGAACACCCACCCCGGCUUGGCCUUCCUGAAGGAGGCGUCGGAGUUCCACUCGCGCUACAUCACCACUGUCAUUCAGAGGAUCUUCUACGCUGUGAACAGGUCCUGGUCCGGGAGGAUCACCUGUGCUGAGCUGCGCAGGAGCACCUUCCUGCAGAACGUGGCACUGCUGGAGGAGGAGGCGGACAUCAACCAGCUGACGGAGUUCUUCUCCUACGAGCACUUCUAUGUCAUCUACUGCAAGUUCUGGGAGCUGGACACUGACCACGACCUGCUCAUCGACCCGCAGGACCUGGCCCGGCACAACGACCACGCCAUCUCCACACGCAUGGUCGAGAGGAUCUUCUCCGGAGCCGUGACGCGAGGCAGGAAAGUGCAGAAAGAGGGGAAGAUUAGCUACGCCGACUUUGUCUGGUUCCUCAUCUCCGAGGAAGACAAGAAGACCCCAACCAGCAUCGAGUACUGGUUCCGCUGCAUGGACCUGGACGGGGACGGGGCGCUGUCCAUGUUCGAGCUGCAGCACUUCUACGAGGAGCAGAGCCGCCGGCUGGAGGGCAUGGGCAUCGAGGCCCUGCCCUUCGAAGACUGCCUCUGCCAGAUGCUGGACCUGGUGCAGCCCGAGUGCCCAGGCAGGAUCACGCUGCGCGACCUCAAGAGGUGCAAGCUCGCCUACGUCUUCUUCGACACCUUCUUCAACAUCGAGAAGUACCUGGACCACGAGCAGAGAGAGCAGGUGUCCCUGCUCAGGGAGGCAGAGACAGAAGGCCCCGAGCUGUCGGAUUGGGAGAGGUACGCGGCCGAGGAGUACGACAUCCUGGUGGCCGAGGAGGCUGCAGGGGACCCCUGGGAGGACGGGUAUGAGGCAGAGCUGAGCCCCGUGGAGCAGAAGCUGAGCGCCCUGCGGACGCCGCUGGCUCAGAGGCCCUUCUUCGAGACCCCGUCCGCCCUGGGCGCCACUGACCUGUACGACGACGAGGAGGAGGAGGAGGAGGAGGAGGGCAGUGAUGACGACAUACAGCCCUCGUGACGGGCUCCGAGGGCCGUGGGCGCGGCCGGCACACAGCGGCUCCUGCGUGGAAGCAAACAGCACCAUGUGUGACGGUUUCAGAGGGUGCGCUCGUUACGGAACACCAGGUGCGCUCGUUUGGAGUGAUGAGUCUAUUUAUUUACUCGGCGCUGAGGCUGGUUGCAGCUGGGCCUGGAAGGGGGCUGCCCCCUGGCGGGCAAGGGCAGAGCGCAUGCCUGCCCCGGAGACGGAGGGGCCGCCCUCAGCCCCACGGGUCUGGCUUCCCCUGGAGCUGUUUGGAAAGGACCGGACGGGUGACGCCCCAGAGAACCCAGUUGUUUCAGGAGGACCUACCCGCUCGUGGGUUCUGGCCCUGCGCAGUCCGCCGCGUCGCUGUCUGCGUCUGGUCCGCGGGGAGCGCCUCCCGGGCCUGCGCCCCACCUCCGCCCCGCAUCGCGGGCGCCGGGCUGCCCCCUGCGGUGCUUCUGCGAUCCUUCCCUCCUCGAUGUACAAACUGUGUACAGUUAACGUGUAUUUGCUGUGGAGCGCGAUUUUAAAACGUUUUACGAGAUCACAUUUGUAUUUUCAAAUAAAUAAUUUAAGGGUU